CUGUAUAUCGGAAUAGUGAAGUAAAGAAUACUGGUUUGCCAAACUCGACACCAGCCAAUUAUGAUGCGGCGCAACCAAUUCUUAAUCUUUAUUGCAGUCAUUUACAUUAUUAUGACUGUAGGGAUUGUGUCUUAUUUCAAGCAAUUUUCAAUUUCAUUAGAACUUACUACGCCGUCAAUUAUUACUGAUGCCAAUUUCAAUAACAAUAUUUUAAAACAAUCUUUUGAGUUUCCAAAAGAUUUUAACUACACUUUAUCCGUUAACGACACGUGUCGUUCAGAAAAUGUACCAAAUCAAAAUCAAACCAGAAACAAAGCCUUUCUUACGCUUUUCACAACGUGGAACAGCAAAGACCAGAAGCAUAAAAUACACAUCAAUUCUUUAAAAAACUGGUUAUCAUUAGGUUAUGAUGUCAGAGUGAUUCUGUUCCUCAAUGAUUCAGUGAAUUAUUCUGAAUGUUCCUGUCCAAAUUGCGAAAUAUGGUCAGUUCCGGUGGCUGGUGAAGUUGGUGUGCCUAUACUUAAGCAUAUGUUUCUCUAUGUUUUAAGAAAUAUCAACAGCACUUUCUACGCUUACGUUAACUCAGACAUACUGUUCAAUUCGAACCUUAUACCAACAUUAGAGUUGAUUGAUCAGAAAAUCGAUUACUCAACUUCUCCAGUAUUCAUAGUCGGUCGUCGGACAAACGUAAUGAAUCUCACAGAACAAGAAGCUUCCAGUAGUUCUUCUAUCGAAAAUGCAGCACGCCAUCGCGGUAAAAUUUUCCGUUCGGACGCUGAAGAUUAUUUCUUUACAACUAAAAACUAUCCAUGGGAAAAUAUUCCUGAAUUGAUUGUUGGUAGUCCAGCUUACGACAAUUGGUUGGUCACUUAUUCUUUAUUAUCUCGUUUUGUUGUGAUUGACGUUACAAACACUGUUCUUGCCGUUCACCAAACAACCCAAGUUGGAAACUAUGAAGGUUUCCAAAAGAACUUCAAACAGUACAACAAUAAGCUUCUUGCCACUAAAUAUAACGACACAAAUAGCGUCCGUUCAGGACAUACCGUCUGUACAGAUCUCCAAACAAAGAUUUCAAAUAAGAAAAUAGUUCUAAUGGAAAGGCGAACUAAUAUUUGCCGCAGAAUCCACAAGAAAAUCAUUGGAAAAACAGCGAUUAAAACCCCGUGGCGCAUGUAAGGUACCCAAAUUCACAAAAACACACAUGCAACUAAUGUGUGAGCGUAAGUGUAUGUGCAUGUGUAUAUGUUCACGAGUGUUGUGUGUGUGUGUGUGUGUGUGUGUGUGUGUGUGUGUGUGUGUGUGUGUGUGGUGUGUGUGUGAUAAACUAUAAGGGAAGAAGUGUUGUGUACUAUCACUUAUUUCAAUGUUAUUGCCUUGUAAUUUUUUUUUAAACAAAGAAUAGCAGAUGGUUAUCAAGGAAAAAGAGUCAAAAGAAUUUUGGAACCUAACAUGUUUGAAUGGGUUAGUAGGCAUGCGUAUGCGGUUGAUCGUGUAUGCAUGCGUGUAAAUAAGAUUAAAAUGCUCAUAACAAUGAGUUGAUAUUUGUGAAGAAUAUAUGAAUUUCAGUGACAAGAAAAUGGAAGUAAAAUUUCAAAUAUUUUUUAAUCAUGUUUUUCUAUUAUCACGUUGUGAAAUUCAACAUUUUAUUUUAAUACACUAAAUUUUGGGGUAAGGGAUUCAUGAACAUUUUUCUCACUAUCAAAUGUUUGCACCAAACAGUACAAUAAUAAGCUUCUUACCAGUAAAUGUAACGACACAAAGAGCGUCAACACUUUAUUUUCAGCAACACUUGCAAACCUUUAGAUUUUUGUGCUGCACUUCAUCAGUUUUUCUCCGUCCUGUGUUUAGUUAAUGGUGUGAAUGAAUUUGGUUUAAGUUGUUGUUUUUUUUUUAUAAGUUAUCCUGUAGGAAUAUUGGUGCCAAACUCUACAAGGAGUUCAAAAGAUACACUCUUGUAAGGAGGUUUUACUUUUAAGUUGCUAGCAAAAGCUUUACGAGAUCACAGCUACCAUGGCGUACUAGCUUCGAUGGACUAUUGAAACAUCUUGAGGCGCUGUAUGUCAAAGUAUGUAUUUAUCUCUGCUUAAAAAAAAACUUUCAGUAAAACCUUAAUUAAACCAUUCAGUCAACAUUAAGUGAAAGUGCGUGGCUUAAUGGUGAAGGAUUCAGCUCACGAUAAUAACAUUGUGAGUUCGAUUUCCGGUGGUACGUUGUGUUCUUGAUCAAGACACUUUUAUUUCACGUUGCUCUAAUCUGCUCAGCUCUCAAAAAUGAGUUGUACCUGUAGUUUUGUCACAUUCUGUGUCACACUGAAUCCACUUGAAAAAACUACGCGAGUGCGUAGAGUGCUCAGCGACUUGCACGCUAAUUUCACGAACAGGUUGUUCCAUUGAUCGGGUUCAACUGGAACACUCGCCGUCGUUAACCGACGGAGUGCCUGGGCCAAGUGCGAAUUAGAUCGUUUCAACUUUAGCUUCAAAAUUGAAUUUAUUUAGUAAGAAAUAACUGGUUGCAUAGUACUACAAGAAAUAGCUUGUCACUGCUACGACAAAAGAUUCUUAGGAAAAGUCUUAGAAACACACAUCUUAGAAAAUGAGAUAUAUAUAUAUAAUAUAUAU